AUGCAAGCACCGUUCAUGUGGCCCUCCUUGACUUCCUCUCACCAUUCCCUCCCUAAUUUCCACGUUUCCGUUUUCUCCCACCUUCUCUCCUCUCCUGUCUCGCACCUCCUUCAAUGUGCCUGUUACUUCCACUUCCCCACCUUCCCUUCUCGCCCCUCCUUCCCUUCUCGCCCCUCCUUCCCUUCUCGCCCCUCCUUCCCUUCUCGCCCCUCCUUCCCUUCUCGCCCUUCCUUCCCUUCUCGCCCCUCCUCUCCCAUCCAUCACUCCCCUCCUUCUCCCUGUUUCCCUUUCUUCUAUUACGUAAUUGAGCAGCGCCUGGUGCCCCCAGAGGAGGCGGAGAGCGACCCCGAUGUGGCGGCCGUGCACGCCUUCUUUGAACAGCUGGCUGCACAUGGAGGGACGGAGGAAGCAGGGGGUGAGGGCGAGGGCGACUGCUCCGUGGUGGAGAUGAUGCGGCGCAAGGGCGCCUCGCCCCGCCAGCUGGCUCUCGCGGAAUCCAUAUACGCCAACGACUUUGGGUGCUCGCUGCGGCAUCUGGGCAUGGGGGAGAGCGUGAGGGAGGCGAGGUCGUGGGUGUAUGGCUUCAAAUACAUUGUGUGCGACCGGACCUUCUCUGCCGUCAUCAGCCACUUGUCAACGGGCCUUGAGGUGAAGUGCAAUUGGCCUGUGGCUUCCGUAACUUAUGGCGCCAACAGCAGCACAUUCGCGAAUCCUACCGCACCCAGCGCUACAUUGGCAGCGCCCACUGCUCUCAUCACAGUGACCAGCAAGCACGGGGAGCAGAUUCAGGCAAAGCGUGUCGUCAUCACUGUCCCUCUCCCUGUGCUGCAAGCGGGGGAUAUCCGCUUUGACCCGCCUCUCCCAGCACCCAAGCAGCGGGCGAUCGGAGCCGUGCGCAUGGGGUGUGCCGUGAAGGUCCUCAUGGCCUUCUCCCACCAAGUGUGGCCCGCCCACCUCUUUGACAUCGUCUGCACCGACUCCUUUCUGCCAGAAGUCUGGUUCACCCGCCGCUCGCCCUCCUCCCCCUCCACCUCCUCCUCCUCUCCCACCUCCUCCACUCUCCAUUCCUCCACUCCUGCUGCGCCUAUCGCUGCAGCUCUUCCCCCUCCCUCGGUCCCCAUGGGUCAGUUCCUCGCAGUUGGCUUUGCAGCCGGUGAUGCAGCAGAAGCCAUGGCGAGGCUGCCGCCCCAAGUGGUGAUUUCCCGCUCUCUGGAGCAGCUAGAUGCCAUGUUUCGCCGCCCUUGCUCCACCUCUUCCGCAUGCUUCGUUUCAGGCUGCUUCGCUGACUGGUCUAAGGACGUCUAUAUCCGUGGCGCCUACACGCAUCCAACGAUCGGAGCAGGGAAUGCAAGGGACCAGCUGGCGGUGCCUGUGGCUGGGAAGCUGUUCUUUGCCGGGGAGGCCACACACUUCGGUGUGAACCCGUGCAUGCAGGGAGCACUGGACACGGGUACAAGAGUGGCUAAUGAAGUGUUCUGGUCACUGCAGGAGAGCAAGUUGUAG